AUGCCGUCAAUCUAUGCAUCAGUUACAUUGAAUGCUAUACAAGUUAAUAACGAAACCAAUGCAGAACAUCGUAUUCAAACAAACAGUAGCCUUAAAACAACGGCAAAUCAUCAGGCUACGAUACGACCACAAUACCUGCCAUUUAGGAUUGCCACUAUAUCAGCACCAAUAUCCAAACAUCUAAGUACUGUGGCAAUUGUUUUCAUAGUUUUGUCCGUUAUUGCAUUUUGGAUAUCGUUAUUUGCUUUAAUGUAUUACAUUUAUCGACGAUGGAAGCGUCACAAAUUACCACGACCAAAACCAACAUCUCCAAUCACACCUUCUGUUGCACUUGUAGACUUAGGAAAACGUCCAGGUAGACCUGCCCGUCACGCUCAGCCAAAUCUGCAUAAAUUUUCGCCUUGUCGUCCUCCUCCUAGUGCUGCGGCUUCUUCAUCACUCCAAUGUCGAAAACCUCUAUGUGAGGACUACAUUAGAAAACUAAACCUUUCAGAGGCAUAUUUUGCAAAGCACUACGACAAAUGUUUUUGCAGAAAGUGUCACAAUCCUUCAACUAUGGAUGCAAAAUGUGGACAACGAUGCAAAGAAUUUCACGGUUGGAUUCGGUUUGGUCUUCGUUUAAAUGAAGCGCACAAAAAACAAUGGAACAUUUUUAAAGAAUGGAAGACAAGCUAUUACGGAACAUCGCUAGAUCGAUUGUCAUCAAUUUUAAGUAAUCGCUUUAUUCCAUUAGACGGUGAUCAACUCGCCAACGGAACUCGGUUCAAUAGUGGUCAUCCAGAUACUACUCAUUGUACCACCUCCCCUUCAAUCAUCUGUGCCAGUCAACCUAAGUUUAGUGUUCUUUCAAAUUUCAAAGCAAUAGAUGGAAAUAACUAUUACGUUCGAGUAAUGCUACAAUGCAAGCAACAGGCAGAUACGAUUAUCGUCAAAGGAGGUGCGAAAUCAUUCCAAAAUGUUGAAUGGACAACAACAGCAAGAUCUAGUAUAGUUCCAUUUGGGUUACUUAUACGAUUACAGAAGAUAUGA